AUGAGGGACACCAAGAAAAUGUUGAACCGAGCAGAUGAACUUGACGAUCUCUAUGAGGCGGUCAGAGCACUCAUCAUUCCGCAUGUUCGUGCAGCCGACGAAGCUUGCUCUUUAAAGAGUGCUGGCCAGCUUCACACCGACGACACUCAACGCCUACAGAACGUUCUGGUUGAGCCAUAUCCGCCCAAAGCCCUGCAAGAACGCUUUCAAUUCACUCUACCCGAUAAUGAGGGAAACGGCAAAGACGGUCUCAUGCACCUUAUUCGGGACGUUUUACGCUACAGCGUAAAUACCUGGGACCAAGGUUUCAUGGACAAGCUCACCUCGAGCACGAAUCCCGUGGGCGUCAUCUCUGAGAUUGUCCUUGGGAUUCUCAACACCAAUGUUCACGUCUAUCACGUGGCACCAGCCCUGUCCGUGAUUGAGAAAGUCACGGGGCGUACGCUCGCGGCCUACUUUGGAUUCAACAGUCCAUCUGCCGGGGGGAUUUCUUGCCAAGGAGGCAGUGCGUCAAACCUGACAUCCCUCGUUGUCGCUCGCAACUCAUUAUAUCCUGAUUGCAAACUCAACGGCGGAAGCUCGUACCAAUUUGCCAUCUUUACCAGCUGCCAUGGACAUUUCUCCAUGGAGAAAGCGGCUAUUACAUGCGGCAUGGGUUUAUCAAGCGUCGUUCAUGUGCCUGUCAAUGACGACGGGCGCAUGAAUGUAAGUGCCCUGCGUGAGCUAGUUAUUCAAGCCAAAGCGCAGGGCAAAACACCACUCUAUGUUAAUGCGACCGCUGGGACCACCGUACUCGGUGUCUUUGAUCCCCUUCACGAAAUCAAGACGAUAUGUGAAGAGUUUGGAAUGUGGUUUCAUGUCGAUGCCUCCUGGGGGGGCUCGAUUAUCUUUUCAGCCAAACACAGACAUAAGCUGACAGGCUGUGAGCUUGCCGACUCACUCACUAUUAGUCCCCAUAAGAUGCUUAAUGUCCCAAUGACAUGCUCUUUCUUACUUACUAAUAACUUGAGUUCCUUUUAUACUGCAAAUUCACUCGACGCCGGGUAUUUAUUCCACGAUACAGAGGACGACGAAGUAUGGGACCUGGCAAACUUGACACUACAAUGUGGCCGUAGGGCAGACAGCCUAAAAAUGGCGUUGGCCUGGACAUACUACGGUGCGGCCGGCUUUGAAAGACGUAUUAACCAUGCGUUUAAAAUGGCUGCUCAUCUGAGUAGCAUUAUCCAAAAAUCACCGGAUUUUGAGCUUGUAUCGCCCAAUCCCCCGCCUUGCCUGCAGGUCUGCUUCUACUACACACCAGGAGGGAAAAUGGCGAAGAGCGAAAUGGAAACGUCUAGAAGAACGAGAGCCAUGGUGGAGAAAAUGGUUGAUCGAGGGUUCAUGUUUGAUUUUGCUCCUGGACCGAAAGGUGACUUUUUUAGAGUUGUUGUGAAUUGCGAGACGUUACUCGGAACGGUUGAGGGACUUUUCAAGGGAUUGGAAGCGGUGGGCAAGCAGGUGGUGUGA